UGGGUUCAAUUCCCACAUACAACAUUUUCUUGUAAGCUUACUUUAAUAAAAUAAAAAACCCUUCAAAAAUCCCCAAACAUCUCACAUUCUCACUCCCAUAAUUCUCAUUUCUUCAUUAUCCAAUUCCCUUUCCAAAAUCCUGCAAAUUCCAGCAAUGGCUUCUUCUUCAUUAAUCCCGCCAUUUUCACUCACAAAUUCUCUCUCCUCCCCUUCAACCCUCCUUCCAUUUUCACCUCCCUCCUCCCAAUUCAACCCACAAAUUGGUAAAAAAAGACCCCAUUUGAUAUCUUUAUGCACCAGCUAUGAAGUGGGUGGUGGAUACCCUGAAUCGGACCCGGCAACAAGAAGCAGAACAACAGAUAACCAUGAUAAAUUUAGCGAGAAACCCGAUAAUUCUCAGUAUGAAGCUAUUCUCAAAGGUGGGGAGCAAGUUACUUCUGUUCUUCAAGAAAUAAUCACCCUUCUAGAGGAUAUGUACAUGGACGAAGCAUCUGAGGAAGUUGCAGUGCAAUUGGCUGCACAAGGAGUUAUUGGGAAGAGGGUUGAUGAAAUGGAGUCUGGGUUCAUGAUGGCUCUGGAUUACAUGAUUCAAACAGCUGAAAAAGACGAGGAUGAUAAGCGCAAGGCGCUCCUGGAGGUCAUCAAGGAAACAGUAUUAUCCCAUCUCACGAAGAAAUGCCCCCCACAUGUACAAGUUGUUGGACUACUUUGUAGAACUCCACAGAAGGAGAGCAGACACGAGUUGCUACGCCGUGUGGCUGCUGGAGGUGGAGAAUUCAAGGGUGAAAACGGCACGAAAGUUCAUCUUCCUGGUGCUAACCUUCUUGAUAUAGCAAAUCAGGCUGAUGACUUGUUGGAGACAAUGGAAACUCGACCUGUUAUUCCAGAUAGAAAGCUGCUUGCCAGGCUUGUCUUAAUCAGAGAAGAAGCUCGAAAUAUGAUGGGAGGAGGAAUACUUGACGAAAGAAAUGAUCGUGGUUUUAAUACUCUCCCUGAGUCAGAGGUAAAUUAUUUGACCAAGCUAGUAGCAUUAAAACCUGGUAAAACGGUCCUGGAGAUGAUCAGAAAUGUAAUGCUAGGUAAGGAUGAAGGUGCAGAUGAUCCCAGCACUGACAAAGAUGGCAGAACUGGUGGUCCUCGUGGAGUUGUAGGAAGAGAAAGUUUAUCUGGGAGAAAUGCGCCUCCAGUGCGUCCUGGAAUUUUUCUCGAGACUGUAACGAAGGUACUUGGGGGAAUAUAUGCUGGAAAUGUCUCAGGCAUCACUGCACAGCAUCUAGAAUGGGUACACCAAAAAACACUUGAAGUACUUGAAGAGAUAGCAUUUUGAGAUUCAACUAUAGCUGCAAGCCCUGCAGUGAAGGAUCUUCAGUUUGAAAUCAAUCUUUGAUCAGUCUGACACUGGUUGAGGUGCAUGGCAUUCAAAGCUUGGCAGACUAAUUGUACAUAGUUCAUUGCAAUCAAACACUCAGGCGAUAAGCACAGACUUGGGCAACUUUCCCCCUGCCUACAGACCAUGAGCUCCAUAGAUUGUAAGGUAAAAUGAUAUAUAUAGGUGUAUGGGCAAAUUGACACGUGUAUGUAGUCGUAGGAGUUAGGAAGCUGGAUUAUUAUUUAUACAUCUGUUAUAGUCUUCCGACAAUGUUUUCUUAUCAUGGCAACCAUCUAUACUUCAAAAGAAGAAAAGUAAAAGUUCUAGUGGCCUUAUCUGCAAUAUCACUGUCUGUCUGUUGAUAGAAUUAUUUUUUGGUAUCUAAAUUAUGUACCUAAUGUUUUACUUUCGAAAAAAAUUGUUUUCUGAUGAAUAUAGAGCAAUUUAUCAUUUAUCUCAA